AUGCCGUACGUGGAUCGGCAGAACCGUAUCUGCGGGUUCCUGGACAUUGAGGAAAAUGAGACCUGCGGCAGGUUUCUGCGGAGGUAUUUCAUCCUGGACACCCAGGCCAACUGCCUCCUGUGGUACAUGGACAACCCCCAGAACCUGGCUAUCGGUGCGGGUGCUGUCGGAUCGCUGCAGCUGACCUAUAUCUCCAAGGUUAGCAUUGCCACCCCGAAGCAGAAGCCGAAAACCCCGUUCUGCUUUGUUAUCAAUGCUUUAUCUCAGCGCUAUUUCUUGCAAGCCAGCGAUCAGAAGGACCUGCAGGACUGGGUGGAGGCGCUGAACCGGGCCAGUAAGAUCACGGUGCCGAAGGGCGGCAGCGUCCCACCGGCCACGGAGAUCGCGAAGCCCCCAGUGCUGCCCCAGGCCCAGGAGAGGAAGCCCCAGGUGGCCUACAAAACCGAGAUCAUCGGGGGGGUGGUGGUCCACACGCCCAUCUCCAUCAACCAGCGUGAUGAGAUGAGGGGGCGUGAGGAGGAGGAGGGUGUGUGGUGGGCUGGUGUGGCCGUGGCGAGGGACUCUGCUCAGCUCUGCAAGAGGAGGCUGGGACGAGAGGGCUCCUCGGGCCUCGCCUGUCGCCCGGGAAGUGACCUCCUGAUGCGGGACAACCUCUUUGAGAUCAUAACGGGCUCCAGGACCUUCUACAUCCAGGCUGACAGCCCCGAGGAGAUGCACAGCUGGAUCCGAGCCAUCGCAGCCGCAGUCCAGGCCCUGAAAACCCGCCCGAGGGAAAUGUCCUUCGUGAGAUCCACGUCCAUGGGCAGGCCCGGGGGCCCCUCGGCCCCCUCCCAGCAGCGGCAGGCGGAGGAGAGGAGAGCGCUCUGCAGAGCCCCCUCCACCUCCUCCUGCUCCGGGUGGAAGCGAGCCUUCCGUCACUCAUGA